AUGGUUAGUGGAAAAUCUGCACAGAAGACCGCUGUUGCCAGCAAAAAAAGGCCUGUUGAAGUUGAACAUGCAGAAUCAGAUGAUGAUAAUUUGAUCACAGAGGGAUUGAUUGAUGAUGGAAGCGAUGAAAGCAGUGAUGAAUUUCAAUCUGCUGAGGAAGAUAUCCCGUCAUUUGAGUCAGAGACUUUAGACCCUGUAAAUGAUAGCUCUAGUGAUGAAGAUGGCUAUGAGUCUAAUUCUGAUGCGGAAUUCGAAAAGUUAUUAGGGGAAGAAGACGAUGAUAUCGAAUAUGAUUCUUCUGACUUCUCAGAUGGAAAUGACACUAAAUCAAUGACCGAUAAGUUAUCCAAUGUGCAGAUAAAAACGAUUGCGGAUGAAACCAACCUUUACAAGGAAACCAAGUUUUCCGACGGAACUCCUAGAAUCAUUAGACCAGAAAUUAAUCCAGUGUAUGAUAGUGAUGACACUGACGCUGAAGCAACAAAUACCAUUGGAAACAUCCCAUUAUCGGCAUAUGAUGAGAUGCCACAUAUUGGAUAUGACAUAAACGGUAAGAGGAUCAUGAGACCUGCAAAGGGAUCUGCAUUGGAUGCCUUGCUAGAAUCCAUUGAGCUUCCUGAAGGAUGGAUUGGCUUAUUAGACAAGAACACCGGUGCUUCAUUGAACUUAACUGAGGAAGAAUUAGAGUUAAUUUCCAAGAUUCAAAAGAAUGAAGCAACGGACGAAUCUACCAAUCCAUAUGAACCAUUGAUUGACUGGUUUACCAGACAUGAAGAGAUUAUGCCUGUAACUGCUAUCCCAGAACCAAAAAGAAGAUUUGUUCCAUCUAAACAUGAGGCUAAACGUGUUAUGAAGAUUGUUAAGGCUAUUAGAGAGGGCCGUAUAAUUCCACCCAAAAAGUUGAAGGAAUUAAGAGAGAAAGAAGCCGAGGAGCGUUUUACUUAUGAUCUUUGGGAGGAUUCGGAGGAUAUGCCUCAGCACGUAAUGGACUUGAGGGCGCCAAAAUUGCCUCCACCAACCAACGAAGAGUCCUAUAAUCCACCAGAAGAGUACUUACCUACCGAAGAAGAAAUUGCUGAAUGGAAAAAGAUGGAACCUAGCGAAAGGGAAAGGUCCUUUAUUCCUCGCAAGUACGGCGCUUUGAGAAAAGUCCCAGGGUACGAAGAGUCUGUGCGGGAACGGUUUGAAAGGUCAUUAGACCUCUACCUUGCUCCUCGUGUUCGUAAGAACAAGCUGAAUAUUGAUCCAGAGUCUUUAAUUCCAAACUUACCAUCUCCUAAGGAUUUACGUCCAUUCCCCAUUCAUUGUUCCACCACAUAUGUUGGUCACAAGGGUAAAGUCCGUGCUUUGUCUAUUGAUCCAUCUGGUUUAUGGCUAGCUACUGGUUCCGAUGAUGGUACUGUCAGAAUAUGGGAAAUCCUAACUGGUAGAGAGGUUUACAAGCUUACAAUAAUAGACGUUGAAGAGAACCAAGAGGACCACAUCGAGGCCAUUGAAUGGAACCCUGAUCAGUCCACUGGUAUCUUAGCUGUCGCAGCAGCAGAAAAUAUAUAUCUGAUCAUUCCUCCCAUUUUUGGUUUCGACAUUGAAAACAACGGUAAAUUAAAGAUCGAGAAUGGUUUUGGUUUCGAUACUUUUGGCAAUGUGAAGAAAACUGAUCUAAACGUGAACGAUAAUGUAAACGAGGAGGGCGAAGGCACUGCGGUCAAGAAGCAGGUGGUGCAAUGGAACAAACCUUCAAAAGCACAAGCUGAAAAGGACAUUUCAAUUGUUAUAACAUGUCGUAAGACCGUUAAAAAACUCUCCUGGCAUAGAAAAGGUGAUUACUUCGUCACUGUUCAGCCAGACUCUGGUCAUACCUCUGUUCUAAUCCACCAGGUUUCCAAGCAUCUAACGCAGUCACCAUUCAAAAAGUCUAAAGGUAUUAUCAUGGAUGCUAAGUUCCACCCUUUUAAACCUCAAUUGUUUGUUUGCUCCCAAAGAUAUGUUAGGAUUUACGACCUCUCACAACAAGUUUUAGUCAAGAAGUUACUGCCUGGUGCUCGUUGGCUAUCUAAUAUAGAUAUUCACCCAAGAGGUGAUAAUUUAAUUGCAUCUUCAUUCGAUAAGAGAGUUCUAUGGCACGAUCUGGACCUUUCUUCCACUCCAUAUAAGACUCUACGAUACCACGAGAAGGCAGUGAGAAGCGUUGCUUUUCACAAGAAACUACCAUUAUUCUGUUCAGCUGCUGAUGAUGGUAUUAUACAUGUAUUCCAUGCUACCGUAUAUGAUGAGAUGUUGAAGAACCCUCUAUUAGUGCCAUUAAAGAAGCUCACAGGUCAUAAAGUGAUCAACAGUUUAGGGGUUUUAAACACCAUCUGGCAUCCUAGAGAAGCCUGGUUGUUUUCCGCUGGUGCUGACAACACUGCUCGCCUAUGGACAACUUAG